UCAAAACUUGGCUCUGCAUUUCUGUUCAAUUCAUUGUUGUAGAAACUUGUACGAGAGACUCUGACUGACACUGAUAAGACUCAAUUAAACCUACCCCCAGGGGUUUAAUUGAGAACCUCUACUGUUCAUUAAAACAAUCAUACCAAACAAAAACCCUCUUUCUUGUCUUCUUCUUCUCCUUCUCCUCAUUCAGCAAAUAAAAAACCCUAGAAAUCAUCUUCAAUGGAGGUCGAUUGGUCUAAACUUCCACCUUAUUUGGUUGAAUUAGUAGCAUUAAAACUAACCCUAGAUACUGAUUACAUCAAAUUUCGUUCAGUAUGUCCAAAAUGGAGAUCUUUAUUAUCUCCUUCAUCUCCUCAUUUACCACCAUGGUUGAUGCUUACUUUUUGUGCUGAUCCUCAACUUCCUACUCGUCGCCAGUUUUACUUCAAUGGUGGAGGUGGUGCUUCUAAAUGUGAUUUUCAAAACCGGUUGAAAUUACCUGAAGAAGAUUGUAAAUGGGGUCGUUGUGUUGGGUCUUCUAAUGGUUUGAUCGUUCUUCUUUCAGGUAAAAAUUCAGACAUUCUUCUCUUUAACCCCAUUACUAGAACUCAAGUCUUUCUUCCAAAGUUUAAAAUUUUCCCAAAAGUGUCAUGUAUUCGGAAAAUAGUGUUGUCCAAAGAAGGGGGUGAUUGCAUUGCUUUAGCAAGUAUUAGUAAACGAUUUGAAUUAGGCUACUGUAAGAAAGGAAACAAAGCAUGGUCAGUUAUUAAGGAAGCUAGAGGUUAUGGGUAUGAUAUUAUCUAUUUUAAGGGUUUAUUUUAUGGUGUUAACAUCAUUGGGUGGUUAGCUAUUUGUGAUGUUAAUGGGGUUUCACCAGUAGUCACUGUAAUCAAACCAUCUAUAUCAGUGCUGUAUUGGGAUAAAGAUGACCUAUUUCACAAGUUUUAUCUAGUGGAUUCAUUUGGAGAAUUGUUGUUGGUUGCUCGUUAUCUUAGUGUUGUAAAUGAUCCCAAGUUUAAGAAUAGUGAUGUUAUCAAGACGAGUAAAUUUCGGGUUUUUAGACUAGAUACAUCUGCAGCCUCGUCGUCGUCAUCAUCAUCGAGCUAUGCAAAAUGGGUUGAAGUGUACGAUUUAGGUGAGCGGAUGCUGUUUGUGGGUGGGGGAAGCUCUGCAUUGUGUUUAGCAGCGUCUGAGGUUUCUGGUUGUGAAGGGAAUUGCGUAUAUUUUGUUAGUGAAUAUAAUGAUAGUCCUUGGAAUCCUGAUACAGGUGUUUUUAAUUUAGCCAAUUCUAAGAUUCAGCCCUUAAAGUUUCCUAACAGUGAAUGGCGCUGUACUCCUACUGCUGUUUGGGUUAAGCCUUACCCAUGUUAAAUGGAAAGUUUGGUCAUCAACGUCCCAAGAUGAAAAUGGUUAACCAGACCAGCUGGUAUAAUCUUACGUUUUGGAGGGCAACAGUAAGUCUUCUUGCUAGUCUAGUGGUCUUGUAAUUAUCGUAAUAGGAAGGAAGCUUUAAAAUCGCACAUCCUUCAAAUCUAGUAUUGUUUAGGAAUCCCAAUCACUAGAGUAUAACUAAUAUUUUGUACUUAAGCUACUAAUAUAAUGAAUGAGUUUUUCAGUUCUAAAUUUUUAUUCAUUUUUUUUUAGAUUCUAUCAGUUUGAGUUCAAAUAUGAUAAUCUUCUUCUCUAUGGCUAACUCUUAUAUGUACGUUAUUAAGCAUUCUUUGAUUUCUGAACCAAAACCUGAACCUCUUAUAAAUGCUAACUCUGAUUUGGGUUGCACUACUCAGAUACUUGUAAUAGCAUUUUGAUUCUUCAGUGAUUUCCUCUGUGAU